CAAUCUGAAACCACUUGCCCAAAUGACUCAUGUUCAGCCUUUAUAAAAGUUUAAUUGGCUCAUAUAAUUAACAGUGAAGGGAGAGACGUAUUUGUGAUGUUACUUAGAGGGGAAAAAAUGACCUGUCUGGAGGAGAAGUGGAAGCGAGGCUUGUGGAUCAGAAAUGACAGGACUAAAGUGGUAACUGUCACCUCUGGGUGCAGGCAUGCAGCCCUCAGUGCAGAAGCAGCAUCACCUGACAGGCUUGGGGGCGUGUCAACACGUGCAUGCGCUCCUUUGCUGUGUCACCUUCACUGCCACCUGUCCUACUUUCACGCCUUUCGACGAUGUCAAUAGAGUCAAGAGCUGUGAGACCUGAGCCAUGAGUCAGUUCCGGGCCUUAGCAGGUGUCCUGAGGACUGGUCGUGCCAGUGGGCAAUGGUUGCGAGGAGGUGGAGGUAGCCCAGCCAAAAGGAGCUGGGUUGAUCCCAGGAGAGGCUGCUCUUCUGGUGCUGCUCCUGUUCUGUCAGCAGUGGCCAGUAGUUCCAGCUAUGUGGAAGAGAUGUACUACGCCUGGCUGGAGGAUCAUAAAAAUGUGCAUGAGUCUUGGGACGCGUUCUUCCGGAACAUCCAGGCCUCCGGUCCGUCUGGUGAGGCGUGUGAGAGCCGGCCCUCCGCUCUGCUCCAGGGCCGAGCGCUGUCCCACUCACCAGACAUGGCACAGAAAGUGGUGGAGGACCACCUGGCAGUGCACACUCUCAUUAGAGCCUACCAGAUUCGGGGUCACCAUGUUGCCCAGUUGGACCCUUUAGGAAUCCUGGAGGCUGACCUGGACUCCUUCGUUCCCUCUGAUCUGAUCACAACUAUCGAUAAAUUAGGCUUCUACGGGCUGGAUGAGUCGGACUUGGACAGGAGCUUUCAGCUGCCCCCUACCACCUUUAUCGGAGGAGGAGAAACCACUCUUCCUCUUAGAGAAAUCAUUCACAGACUAGAGACAUCCUACUGUGGACAUAUAGGGGUUGAAUUCAUGUUCAUCAAUAAUGUGGAUCAGUGUCAGUGGAUUCGCCAGAAAUUCGAGACACCAAGGAUCAUGCAGUUCACAAAUUCUGAGAAAAGGACUUUACUGGCCCGUCUGAUCAGAUCAACACGGUUUGAGGACUUCCUUGCCAGAAAGUGGUCCUCGGAGAAACGCUUUGGUCUGGAGGGCUGUGAGGUGCUCAUCCCUGCUCUGAAAACCAUCAUAGACAAGUCAAGCGCUGCAGGCAUUGACAGCGUCAUCAUGGGGAUGCCUCAUAGGGGUCGACUGAAUGUCUUGGCCAACGUGAUCCGUAAAGACCUGGAUCAGAUCUUUUGUCAGUUCGACCCAAAGCUGGAGGCAGCUGAUGAGGGUUCAGGUGAUGUCAAAUACCAUCUUGGGAUGUACCACGAGAGGAUAAAUCGUGAGACGGACAAGAACAUCACGCUGUCACUCAUGGCAAACCCCUCCCACCUGGAGGCAGUGGACCCAGUAGUUCAAGGCAAAGCCAAGGCAGAGCAGUUCUACAGGGGAGACACUCAAGGAAAGAAGGUGAUGUCUAUCUUAAUGCAUGGUGAUGCUGCUUUUGCUGGACAAGGAGUUGUAUAUGAGACUUUCCACUUGAGUGAGCUCCCCUCCUACACCACACAUGGUACGAUCCAUGUGGUGGUCAACAACCAGAUCGGCUUUACUACAGACCCUCGAGUUGCCCGCUCCUCCCCUUACCCCACUGAUGUGGCUCGUGUUGUCAAUGCACCCAUCUUCCACGUGAAUGCAGAUGACCCUGAGGCGGUCAUGUACGUGUGCCGGGUGGCUGCAGAGUGGAGGUCUACAUUUAACAAGGAUGUAGUCAUUGACCUGGUUUGUUACAGACGAUUUGGCCACAAUGAGAUGGACGAGCCCAUGUUCACCCAGCCCCUGAUGUACAAACAGAUCCGCCGACAGGAGCAUGUGCUGAAAAAGUACUCUGACAAGCUCAUAGCAGAGGGAGUGGUGACGUUGCAGGAAUUUGAGGAAGAAGUCGCAAAAUAUGACAAAAUAUGUGAAGAGGCGUACACCAGCUCCAAAGAUGAAAAGAUAUUACAUAUUCGACACUGGCUUGACUCCCCCUGGCCAGAUUUUUUCACAGCAGAGGGAGAGCCCAAGAGCAUGGGCUGCAUCCCCACAGGACUGGAUGAGGAGGUUCUGCAGCACAUCGGCCAGACAGCCAGCUCUGUGCCUCUGGAAGACUUUAAGAUACACCCUGGCGUGUCUCGGAUCCUGCGUGGGCGAGCUGACCUGGUGAAGAAUCGGCAGAUGGACUGGGCUCUGGGAGAGUACAUGGCCUUUGGUUCCCUCCUCAAAGAUGGCAUCCAUGUACGACUCAGCGGGCAGGAUGUAGAGCGAGGCACCUUUAGCCAUCGUCACCAUGUUCUGCAUGACCAAGAGGUAGACAAACGGAUCUGUGUUCCGAUGAACCACCUCUGGGACAACCAGGCUCCAUACACCGUCUGCAACAGCUCCUUAUCAGAGUAUGGAGUUCUAGGUUUUGAGCUGGGCUUUGCCAUGGCCAGUCCAAAUGCUCUGGUCCUGUGGGAGGCCCAGUUUGGAGACUUUCAUAACACAGCCCAGUGUAUCAUUGACCAGUUCAUCAGCCCAGGCCAGGCCAAGUGGGUCCGCAAUAACGGCAUCGUCUUACUGCUACCUCAUGGGAUGGAGGGAAUGGGCCCCGAACAUUCAUCAGCUCGACCUGAACGCUUUCUGCAAAUGAGCAAAGAUGACCCUGAUCACUUUCCUGAGUUCAGUGGAGAUUUUGAAGUCCAGCAGCUGUAUGACUGUAACUGGAUUGUGGUGAACUGCUCCACGCCUGCAAACUACUGUCAUGUGCUGAGACGGCAGAUUCUACUGCCCUUCAGAAAACCGCUGAUCAUUUUCACUCCAAAGUCUCUGUUAAGGCACCCUGAUGCUCGGUCCAGUUUUGAUGACCUGACCAAAGGCACUAAAUUUAAGAGGCUGAUUCCAGAAGAGGGACCUGCCGGUCAAAGCCCAGCUACAGUGAAGAGGGUGAUUUUCUGCACUGGAAAAGUCUACUAUGAGCUGGCUAAAGAGAGGAAACAGCAAAAAUUGGAGAGUGACAUUGCCAUCAUCAGACUUGAACAGAUCUCUCCAUUCCCAUUUGACCUGGUCAGAGCAGAGACAGAGAAAUACGCCAGUGCAGAGCUGGUAUGGUGUCAGGAAGAACACAAAAACAUGGGCUACUAUGAUUACGUCCGGCCACGUUUCCUCACAGUGGUGGGCAACAAAAAACACGUUUGGUAUGUCGGACGGGACCCUGCAGCUGCUCCUGCAACAGGGAACAAGUCAACGCACCUGAAUGAGCUGAAGAGAUUCAUGGACACAGCUUUCAACCUGAGCGCCUUUCAGGAGAACAACUUGUAGUUGAAAACUGGGAAAGAAGUAGGCGAGAGGUGCAACUUCAUCUUUAACCACCUAGGUGUUUUCAAUUAAGUCUCUGGGUGAGAAGGUGGCACAUUUUUAAACUCUUUUAGCCUUGUGACAAUCUAAACAUAGCAUUGCCUCUGUUUCAACCCUUUAUAAUCUUGUAAGAAAGAAGUGAUCUUUAUUCUGCUUUGAUCAAAAAACACAUCAAUUAUAGUGUUUAGUCCUAACCUUUCUUCACAAGCAGUCCUUCACAACCUGCAUUAACUGCAAAAUACAUUCUUAAGCACACAAGCAAAGGAAGGCGGGAAGUUGGAUACCCAAGUCUUCUAACUGCCAUUUGAGUUUUCUAAAUAUAGAAUUACUCUACUUCAACUGUGACAAACUGCUCAACCGACACAUUGAGGUUGAGCUGCAUGUAUGAGCAUGAAUGGACAAAUUUUUCACCCAGCUUUAUGUGGACUUUUUCCUGCUUGUCUCAAGAAAAAGUCCCUUUUUUCAAGAUUCUUUUAGGGCUUUUUCAUGCUAACAAAGCUCAAGUCUGAAAAUAUUGUUCCAGGUCUGAAAAUUGACUGAAUGAAUCUGUCAUUAGAGGAGAAUGACGCGAUAGUAAUAGGCAGGAUUUAGUUGCACUAGGAGAGGAGAGCCAUGGCUGCUGCCGGUGUAGCAUUUAGCUUGAUUGUGGCUGCAGAACAGUGGCAGAUUUUACAAUACUGGACCACAUCUCUGUAUUAAAUAAAGAGCAAAGAACAGCACUAAGUGCAUUUCAUGAUGAAAAGGUGCUUCUUCCAGCUUAGCUUCCUGCUUAGGCAUGAAUUUUUGAUAGUUACAGGAGGGGUUAUGUUGUACUUUAAGCCAGAAUACUCUGGCUGCCGCCAGUGUAGUGAUUAGCUCAGAUGUAGCCAUAGUAUGGCGCCAGUUUUGUCAGAACUGGGCCACAUUUCUUUAUUUAAACUAGAGCAAAAAACAGCAAUAAAGGCUUUACAUGACAGAAAUAAUGUUUUUGCAACCCAACAGGCCUCAGCAUGAGUUUUAUCCACCAACAAGCUUUGUUGAUCAUAAACUUUGGCAGGGCUAGCCGGUAGAGGUCAGGCUCCAUCCAGAGCUGCCCAUGCCUACUUCCCGAUUUUAGUCUUGUUGCUCUGAUUGGACCGUAAUGCAUUUGACAGACAGAACAUUUGUCCAAUCACGUUCCAAGAUUUUUUUGAAAAGUCCUGCUCUUCCCAAGGAAGGAAAAUUCACCACAAGUUAACAGGCUGGGUUGAAACAUUUACAUCAUGAAACUGGUGACUGGUUUUGUUGUCAUGCUCUCGUUUGAGUUGCUUUACAAUCCUUUCUGCUUUGAAGCAACAUCUUUACCACUCCAUCACUGAUACUGUGAAUAAUUCCAAUCACGUAGCACUUGCAUACCGGUACAUAAUGUUGACAUAGACCUGGAUGCUUUUGCUUUGACCGUCAUUCCUGUGUUGGCCUUUUUACGCUAUGCCCUGUCCCCUGAGACUCUAUCUCAGGAGCAGCCUGUCCUGAAAUCUUCUGGUAGUUUUAAAUAGUUUGUGUGAAAAAUGCUCUUAAGCCUCACUGUGGAUCCAUGGCUCAAAACACCCUAUAUAUCCCCUAACCGUUUAUAAUCUUAACUUCUAUGGGAAAACACCCCAAAACACCUUGUAUGUUUCAUGAAAUCAGACUUUUGCUUAACCGUUCUUGGUUCAGUCAGCUCUCUAUAGCUGAGGGUCUGUUGAAGGGCUUUACUGAGUAAAUGCAGUAUUUUGUAUACCAAUGAGUAUUGUAUCACAAUUACACACGUUCUCUCAGCUUUAAAUAAUGCUAAACCUUUAACAACUUCUCUAGUGAAUAUGUAUUAUAAAAGAUGGUAGAAAAGUCCUUAAUAUAGACACAGACACUUUCCAGGUACCUAGUCGAUGGGUGAGAUAGCAGUCAUGGACUCUUUGUACCACUUUGUGACAAUCACUGUUACCAGAAUUACUUUAGUGUGUUUGAUAGUAAUUUAUAUAACUGUAAUGAUUUAUAUAUGUAGUUAUGAGAUGCACACAGAAGACCAACUAGUGUUCUUAAACGAUGAAUGUGAAACACAUAUCACAGGUAAGAAGACUGUUCUGAAAUUUAACACCUCAGUAGGUUUAGUGUCGUUUUUUUUUCAUCGUUGGCUACCUUAGCUGUUUAGUGAUGGAGUCUGUAUUUAUUGUCACACUUCACUUCACCAGGAGACAUGAGCCAGCUGGCACAGAGACGUGCAGCCAUGUUUUUUACUUGGGACAUACGGCUCAGCUUCCUCUUCGGAGGCUGAGGGAUGCACACACGAAAACACUGAAAAGCCUUGGAUGCUUUGAGAGCAGUAUUGAUGCCUGCUUGUCACGUUGAAGUCUCCAGGUGUUUUAUAGAGAUGAUAUUAGAUACGACUGUGUUUAGAAAUGCUCCUUGAAAUUAAGCAUCAUAUUUAGCUACACUUUAGCAUACCUUUUCUGCUUCAAGCUAAAAUUUUUAACCAUCAGCCAUGCACUAAGCUUAUUUAUCAUAUUUAAAGGUGUAAAUUAGCUUUAGCAUUUAAGUCUGUUGUCAAAACUUUAUGUUUUAAAACUUUCAUGUGUAAGCCAGGUGAUGCUUAUACACAACCAAAAGGGCUGUGCUUACACUGGGAGUGUGGA